AUGGAGUAUCCUCCGCAGUAUCAACAGCCUCAUGGCCAACAUCCCCACGCCCCUUCACAUAUGACCGGCCCUUAUCAAACUGGCCCCCCGAACCCUGGUGGUCCCGUCGGGUCCAUGGCCUCGCCCAGCAAUCCCCAGGCACCUAUGCAACAGACACAUCCUGGUCACCAGACAUCCCCAAUCGUGGCGUCGCAACAACACUACCAGCAAUCACAGAAUGCGCCUGGCGCUGUUCACCAGCAGAUGAAUUUCCCCCAGGGUUACGGCGCCCCCGUACCCAUGCCGCAGUCCUACGGAAUCUCUCCCACCCAAGCUGCCGCGAUGGCCACCGCCGCCGCAUCGGGGCAGUUCUAUCCGCUCCAUCAAGACUCCAUGGCCGGACAGAUGGCCCAGGGGUCGCGAGGCUCACCGCGCAUGGCUGUUCAGAUGAAGCAGGAUCGUAAUCCUCGAUCGCCGCCUCAAAUGGCCGGACAGAUGCCUCCCAUGGGCUCGCAGGUCCAAAUGCCUGGUCAGCGCCGAAUGAGCCACGUUGGAAGCCCCAGUGUUCAGAGCGCUCAGCCCGUGAUGAGCCACGUCGGCCGAUCCUCCGUCGGUGCUCCCAUGGCCGCUGCGCCAGUCCAGCCGAACCAUCCAUCCCCGGAAAUGGUAGCCAGCACCAACCAGGAAGAGUCCCCGCUCUACGUCAACGCCAAACAGUUCCACCGAAUCCUCAAGCGCCGGGUUGCGCGACAGAAGCUGGAGGAGCAGCUGCGGUUGACGUCAAAGGGCCGCAAGCCGUAUCUGCAUGAGUCCCGACACAACCACGCUAUGCGCCGACCCCGAGGCCCUGGUGGCCGGUUCUUAACUGCCGACGAAGUCGCCGCGAUGGAGAAGAAGGCAGCUGAUGGCGAGGACAUCGGUGACCUGGGCAAGAUCGAGAAUGGCGCCGGUCAGAAGCGCAAGUCAAGCGAGGGCAACGAUGAUCACCUCAACUUAAAGAAGACCAAGACCAGUGCCAGCGCUGACGGGAGCGAGCAAGAUUCCGCCGAGCCUUCUGACGAGGAUGGUUGA